CCCUUCCAGGUGUAUUCUGUCCCCAUGGGGGGGAUGAUGGUUCGCCAGCCCUUCUCCAUUGGGGGCUCCGGCAGCUCCUACAUAUACGGUUUUGUGGAUGUUUCUUACAAGCCUGGGAUGAGUAAGGAGGAGUGCCUGACUUUCACAGCCAAUGCGCUCUCCCUGGCAAUGGAUCGCGACGGCUCGAGCGGGGGCGUGAUCCGCCUGGCUGCCAUCACAAAGGAUGGGGUGGAGCGGAAGGUCAUUCUUGGCAAUGAUCUACCCCGGUUUUCCUCCGUCUGAGAUGGGGGAGCGGGAGGUGGUGUUGCCGACCCCAGGAACUGCCUGCACAUGUUGGGGGAUGGGAAUUUAUUUUGUCUUUGUCCGUGCUUGAUGGGUAUUAAAGGCAUAGAAUCCCCGGA